GCAGGCAAACACAGUGACACCUUCUCCGCCACUGUCCUAUCGGGGCGCACUGAGCCACCUGCCUCUGCCUUGAACGACCCGCAAGUUGCGUGGGCUAAGGAGUAUUCAAACCGUGAGCGCAAGAAGCUGGCAGAGAGAGUCGAAGCUGCCCGCAGAGGAAGCCACUAGUGCAAUGAAGGUGUAGAAUGGAUAUCGGAUCACUGACUUCCACUCAGCUGGCCUACGGUGCUGCGGCUGUGGGUGCCACCAGCUGCACAGCCUAUCUUCUCUAUAAAGGUGUCCGCUCCUGCUUGCGAUCUGACGCACAGCGCCUACGGGAGGAUGAGCUGUGUUUGCAAGACGGUGCUAUCUUCCUCAACCAUGGUUCGUUUGGUACUGUGCCAAGAAGUAUUGUAGCCAUGCAGCAGGAGCUUCGAAAGGAAAUGGAGCAGCACCCAGACAGGUGGUUCCGACGGCUUGCACGUCAGUACUUCUCAGAGAACUCUGCUGCUGCCGCUGAGCUAAUCAAGGCACCUACAGACUGUGUGGCCAUCGUGGACAAUGCAACAACGGGAAUCAACGCUGUCCUUAACUCGAUCCCGCUGAGCGGUGACGACGAAGUAAUGACCACGGAUUGGACGUACCAACCCGUGAAGAACACCGUCGAUUGCGUUUGCGAGAGGCGCGGCAUCAAGCCGUUUUGCAUGUGCCUGGACUUCCCUGUGGUGAGCGAGGAUGCACUUGUGAAGCAGUUUAAGGAGGGGCUCGCUGAGCAUCCCAAUGUUCGAGUGUGUAUUCUAGAUCACAUAACCAGUCCAUCUGCCGUGCUCAUGCCUAUUAAGCGGCUGUCUGCGAUAUGUCAUAGCCGAAAUGUUCGUGUGCUGGUGGACGGUGCACACUCGCCUGGUCAGAUCGACCUGAACAUGUCCGACUUGCCUCAUGUGGACUACUAUACCGGCAACCUGCACAAGUGGUGCUUUGCGCCCCGCGGCUGCGCCCUGUUGUAUGCGAAACGUGAGCUGAAGGAGGAGAUCCUGCCAGCCGUCAUAUCCUGGUGGUGGAGGAAGCCGUUCGUUGAGCGGUUUAAUUUCCUUGCAACUAGAGACCAGACACAGUUGUUCUCGGUCAGAGAGGCGCUCAGCUUUAUCCAGAACAAACUAGGUGGACAGCAAGCCAUGGUCAAACACAACUCUGAGCUAGCAUCGUCUGCAGCUGACAUGCUGGCUAGAGUGUGGAGCACGGAGCGCUUGCCCAUUCCCCAUCACCUGGAAGCGCCCAACAUGAAACUUAUCAGGCUGCCUCUCGAAGGCCUCAUUGAAAGCGCAGAGGACCUCAUGAUGGAAAUCUAUGACCGCUUCAAUAUCAUGGUGUGCACGUUUGGAAUCAAGGGUGUGCCGUACUGCCGCAUCUCAGCCAAUGUCUACAACGAGUUCUGGGAAUACGAACGGCUUGGAGAGGCUGUGCUGCAGCUGCGCACUGAGAAGAUGUGUCAGAUGAACGCGGAGAAGUAGAGGAAGAGAGGAAAACACCAAAUGAGAGCGAGGCUGGUUGUGUAUGUGCGUGUGUUCGUGUCAUUCGUGUACGUCUGUGCAUGCCUGUGUGCAUAUGUGGUGCAUGCAUGUGUGCAUGUUACACGAGGGUAUGCUGUCCAGUGCCUGUGUUCACAACACUAGGAUGGGUUGUUUGUCCCAUUGUCAUUUGUCAUGCAAUAGGCUAGUACUACGACUAGUUCAACAUGCAUUCUCCUUUCCACAAUCGUCAAGACCAAGAUAUUUUAUGCCGUGCCUGGCAUUGCAUUGGCAACAGUUGUACUUCACUGCCUCAUGCACUCUGCCAGGGAAAACAAUAACUCAAGUCUCUGACCUCUUACAUAUGUACAAACAUCAUUGUCUACUAAAAUAGUUGUUUUCGCACCCAACAUACUCGUGAUGAUUUAGGGAAAUAGUGUUCCAGUUACUCGUAGUUGCACGGAGUUUCACACAAUUAUAAGUUCUAGUUUGUUGUAGCUUCACAGAUUUCUAAGACACCUCAGUUCUAGCUUAGUACGAAGAAGUUCUUCCAAUAUAUUUUUGAAAGAAUAGGACUUCCUUUUUCAGUACUUCGAAGUAACUGUUACCUGAAAUUUGUUUGCCAUGUUUUAAUGCUAUUGCUUUAGCUCCGUGAUGCCCUCAGUUCCACAGAA